AUGGCUGACGGGACAAGGGGUGUUGAAAGGUUUUUGCGCCUCGCACGGUUCCUGCAGGCUGUGAAGCUGGUUGGGUGGGAUCUUCCUACGGAUAUUGGAGUCUAUGAGGAUGUCCAUCGGGGUGCUGACGGCUCGUCGGAUUUCCCGCGACGGGUCGUUCCUGAGGUGGAGGUCCGACAGCCGUUCGACGAGAUCGAGUUACUAAAAGAGAGGCAUGCGGGGAAGCGUGACGCGACUCUGAGAGGUAAUGAGCUGCCGGCCGAGUGCCUUAAUAUUUUUUCUGACACCCAUUUUAAAAAUGUGGAGGAUGUGGGGGACGUAAGCACCGAUGUAGUGUGUGCCAAAGAGUUGUAUGCGCGUGCAGCGCAGAGUGCGGCGUUAUACAAUAUAUCAUCUGCACUGAACCAGCGCUACUAUUAUCCAAUGCGACGUUGGGAACGUCUGCAGCCUGUAUCGGGUGCAUCAGUGAGCGCUACCGAUGCGUGGUUCACGGCUUUAUCUGCAGAGGCAGGUUACUACGCGGGGGUAGGCGAUAAGCUUAGCGAGGACAUGCCCACGAACGUCGUGGAUGCACGCCAGCCGGUGUCACUGCUACGUGUGUCGCGUAUGGGCAAAUCACGAUGGGGUAGCAUAGAGCCUUACCUUACAGCUGCGGAUAGGUCGACAAUUUUUGUGAUGAUCGCAAGCUAUCGAGAUUCGUUAUGCGGGUCAACGAUAGAAGAUCUGAUACGCAAGGCAAAGAAUGUUCAUCGUGUGCAUGUGGGGAUCACUCAGCAGAAUGCUGUGGGUGAUUUGAGCUGCCUACCAGACAUUGUGUUUACGCCGAUUCCCUGCUUUGCGCUGCUGUUAAGUCCAGGUGAUGAGGCAUCUGACGAGGAAGUGGCGCGGCGGCGGGUAUUCUCUGAUGGCGACUCGCCGAUCGGCUCCUCGCAUCGACUGUGCUUUUUCCAUGACAACAUUCGCAUUCGUGAAAUGCUGUCAACCCAAGCGCGCGGGCCGACCUUCGCGCGCUACUUGAAUAUGCUUUUGUAUCGCGGUGAGUCGUUGUUGAUGGUGUUGGAUUCCCACAACCGCUUCAAGCCGCACUGGGAUUCGCUGGUAACGAAUUUAUACUACCAGUACGAGGACCCCAAGGCGGUGCUCUCACACUACCCACUCUCUCUCACUGAUUAUGGUAGAAGGGCUAGCGACUCUGACUUCAACGAGCCCUUGUCGUAUCUUUGUGGUGCCUUUUUCCUUGAAUACUUAGGCUAUCCUGUGCUUAGUGGGUCUUUGACUUACUUUCCUGAACAUCACUACUCUAAUCUUCGCUACAACGACCCCUAUGUAGUAGUUCAAUCAAAGGAUAUUCGACCCUCAGAAAACUUUCGAUUUCCUCAACCAUGGGCUGCAGCUGGGUUUAUGUUUGGCUCUGCGCUCAUCAUGCGCGAGGUCCCGUUUGAUCCUCAUCUUAGUAAUAUUUUUAUGGGUGAGGAGAUACUCUUUAGUGUGCGGUUAUGGACGCAUGGGUACAACAUGUACUCUCCAAUAUACUCUAUCGUGUAUCAUUACUACUUUCGUGAGGAUUCACCGAAGGUGUGGGAUGAAUUGCCGUUGUGGUCAACCCUAGGCCUGAUGUCUAGGAAGCGAAUUCAUUACCUUCUCCGGAGCCGUGUGGAACCCAGCAAGCAUGCCGCUUCUAACAGCUCGGAGGCUCCGCUGAUCGUUCCGCCCUCGACGCGGGAGGCUGUGGUGCUGUUGGAUGUGGAUCGCUACGGCAUGGGCAAAGUGAGGACUGUGGAGCAGUGGUACGAUUACGCGGGGGUGGAUCCGGUCAAUUACACCGUGGACGGCCGAUGGUGCGGCAAGCAUCAGGACACCAAGUAG